CUCUGUAUGUGCAAACACACGGAGUGUGGUAUACAGGCACAUCACACACGGCUGCUGCUCUGAUGACAGACACCAAACUCAGAACCUCCAGGAUGCAUCUGUUGUUCGUGCUUCCCUUGGUGCUCGAGGUCCAGUCCAUCUCCAAGAGCCACAACUUCACCUACGACUGCACCUGCCACCUGGAGAUCAAACUCGCCAACUGCACCAGCAGCAAUUUCACCCACCUGCCCGCCGCCCUUCCACCCUUCACCGAACAACUGGACCUGUCCCUCAACCACCUGAGUGCCAUCCGGACCCAAGCCUUCCACAGCACACCAAGACUUCGCGUCCUGCUCCUGAACGACAACAUGAUUGCCAUGCUAGCCAACGGAGCAUUCUUUCUUCUAGAAGGACUGUUGAGGUUGGACCUAAGCCGAAACCGAAUCUCAUUCCUGAGUGAAGGAUUUUCACGGGGUCUCGGUUCCCUUCGAGAUCUGUCACUGGCUGAGAACCGAUUGAGCAGCUUGGACAGCAGUUGUUUCGUCCACUUUGACGCCCUCCAAAGACUCAACCUCAGCCAUAAUGCUAUAGAGACCAUCAAGAUGAGAGCGUUUGGGUCCAUGAGUACCCUACGCCAGCUACAACUCAACUCGAACAAUUUAACGGUUCUCAAAAAUGGCAUCUUCUCCAUGUUACGAAACCUCGAAGUCUUGAAUUUACAUCACAACCAGAUACACUACUUGGACGUCGGCGUGCUUUCGCCAUUGACCAGUCUCGCUCUACUGGACCUCACCAACAACAACCUCUCCACGAUUCAGUUCAAGACCUUCCUAAGUCUCAACACGUACAGCACUCACAUAAUGCUCCAAGGAAACCCAUGGGAUUGUGACUGCGAUCUGCAGCGAGUCUUCCGGAAGCUCUGUAACGUCAAGCGGCUGUUCCUGGAUGACUAUGACAACCUCACCUGCGUGAAUUUGGACGAAAGUCACAGAAACUACACGAUGAAAGAGGAGUUCUGCGUUGCAGAGAUGGUUACUGUCCUGGUCAUCACCAUGACGGUGGUCAUCACUGUUGUGGCUGCCAUCGUCAUGGCAGAGAAGAAAAGGGAGAAAAAGAACAAAGAAAAGCAUUGGACGGAAGUCGGCGAGUUGUCGUGUGCAUCGCAAGCCUGAACCAAUGGCCUUAAUGCAAAAAGGAAUAUUAAUCUUGCAUUAUACUUGUAUGUAUAUGCUUUAGGUUGUCGAAUUCAGGGUUUCUGAACGUAAAUGUAAGACUUUUUAAGACCAAGUAAAGAAUGGAACACAAUUCGUCAAUAUGGUCUCUAAAUGUAAAUGUCUUGUAUUAGCAACGCUUCAAAGUUUGUAAAUACAAUUUCCA